AUGACCGCGCUGGGCGGUCUGCCCACAACCAGCCACUACUACAACCCAGCACGUAACGAGCUGACAAUGGCCAGCACCACUAUUGCCUGGGCUCUCCCUGUUCCUGUCUUUGACGUGCGCUCUGACUAUUCCGAGAUAUGCUCGCAUGAUUAUCCUCUCGUUGGCGUUAUCUACAGCUCCGAGUUUUGCAAGGUCAUCAGCGCUUGCCGAGGUGGCUUUAUCACCGUGUGGGACGUCUACACGGGGACUUCGAUUUUGCAGUUUCGUCACUACAGCCGCCGCACUCCGCUAAAGGAGGUAGAGUACGAAUCGGACUGUAACAAGUUAGAACUCACUGCCAUAGUCAUGGAUCAGACAGGGAGACGUAUAGUGACGGGGGCUACCGACGGAACGAUUAACUUGUGGAACUUCUCCGGCGGCAUCCUCAUCAAGAACUACUCCCUGCCCGAAGCGGUCGUCGUCUCCGCCAUUGUCAACAUCAAGGAAUUACUUUUUAUAACUGGCUGGGAUAAGAGAAUUUACAUCAUCAAUCUGGAAUCUAAAAGAGUCGAAGACUCUAUUGAGUUUUUACGGCCCAUGCAUACGGAGGACAUUUUGUGCAUGACCCUUGUGGAGCCAGGCCUACUGGCCACCGCCUCCUACGACGGUGACGUCAUUGUCAUCAAGCGCGACACGGGGAAUGGUGGUCUGCUAGGCCAGUUCGCCGCCACGGAGCAAGUAGGAGAAAUGGUGUUGGCCAUGACAACCGACCCACAAAACGAGUUGCUCAUCACCGGCGACACACGAGGCUACGUUAGGGUGUGGGACCUGCUCCUCUACUGUAACAGAGAGGCCGAGUCUAUUUCCGAGACGGAGCUCGAAGCAAGAGACGAUGCCUUUCAUAAGAAAUUCCUCUUCCUUAGGUCUUCAUUCUUGAAAGACAAGGUGUGCUACAGUUUUUGA